UGUAAGAGGAAAAUCAAUAUCCAUUUAAUUUAAAAACUAAUUUGCAUGACAACACUACAGUCACAGAUCAUUACACACAAUAAAUUGGUCGCCCUAUACCAGGUCACAUGACUUAAAAAUCAGGAAAAACCAACUGUUGUUCUGUCGUACAUAAAAGUAGCAUACCUCACAGCAAGAAAACUUAAGCAUUAUUUCAAGAUGGCUACCAGUGAGCUGAAUCAGUUUCUGGAAAAUGUUGAUGAGAUGGUCCUAGAAUGUACUAUAUGCUUUAAGAGACUUCAAAAUCCUAAAUCCCUCAACUGCCUCCAUACAUUCUGUUUGGCAUGUCUUGAAGAUUGGGUAAGGAAGGAGAAGGGCAAGCUAACAUGCCCAACUUGCUCAAAAUCAUAUUCUAUUCCAGAGGGCGGGCUUCAGAAGCUUCCACCAAAUACCAUUUCAAUAGAAACUAUUGACAAAUUUUCAGAAACAGAUCAGAUGAAAUGUGUUUGUAGAAAAGGACAGGCAAAAUGCUACUGCGUGGAAUGCAGACAUUACUUGUGUUCUACUUGUAAUGACCAUCACAAAAUAUUGCCAAUUUCAGAAAAUCACAAGCUACAUUCAGUAGAGGACAUGCGGUCAAUGACCCCUUUACAGAUUGCAGCGUUACAUCCUCCGAUGUGCUCUCUUCACAAUGAACCUUUAAAAUUUUUCUGCAGCAUAUGUAAAAUUCCAAUAUGCAUGCAUUGCACAAUUACUGACCACAAUGCAUGGGAUGGAAAUCACAAACCAAUCAGCAUUUCUAAAGCAUUUCAAACAUUUAAAGAAACUUCAGCAACAUUGGAGAAAGCUGCCAAUGAAUGUAAAACCAAAUUACAAAAUGGCCUCAAAAAAGUUAUUCAGAAUACCUCAAAAUUAGAACAAAGUAAAGAGACAAGUUUAAGAGAUUUUGACAAUCAUGUGCAAGAAAUACAUAAGAAAAUCAUGGAAAUUAGAAAGAAGGUGAAAAAUAAAGUUGAAGCAAUGUACAAAGUGAAGAAACAGGUAAAUGAUUUACAAGUAGAUGAAUUGAAAAUAACAAUAUCUGAUAUAAAUACAAAACUGCGUUUACUUAAUCAGUUAUUGAAGAGUGAUGAAGUUACAGCAAUGCAAUCAUGUGAAUCAGUAAUUACAGCACUGAAAGAAAGAAUUGAUAAAUUACCAACAACAGAUCCAAAAACCAAUGGACAAUUUAAUUUUUUUAUCAAUAAUGAUCAGUUUGAUUCAUUGCAAGAAUGGGAUAUUGGGUAUGUAUCACACAUGAAGGUGGCAGACAACUAUUUUGGAAUAGCAGAAGAUAAGAUAUAUUCGGAGAGCUCAGACCUAAUUACUAUUGGAAUAAAUGAAUGGAAUGCUCAACUGAAUGAAUGUAGAAUAUAUCUAGAUCAACUAAACGCAACAUGGACAAAGCCUUCAGGAGAAACCUGCAUCUCUGAAAUUGUCGAUGAUUAUGGAUACUGGGUAUUAGGAAAGUGCACAGGUCCAGGAAUUUAUGAACUAGAUGUGACUGCUGAUGGUGAACCAAUCAGUAAUUCACCGUUGAUGAUCAAAGUAGAGGAGGAAGGAUUAGUGAAUACCAUUCAAAUAUUAAACACACCAUGUGAUGUAGUUAAGUGUGGAGAUGAUAGCUUGCUGGUUUCAAAUUUGACAAAUGAAAUGCUGAAGUACAAGCAAUCAGGAGAAUAUGUUAGUAAAGUUACACUGCCACAAGGUGUGAAAGUUUACAGAAUGUUCAAAAUGAAAAAUGGUAACAUAGCAUUCAGUGAUAAUGGUAUGAAAAAAAGAUUAAAAGUGUGCAAUAUGAAUGGUCAGGUAAUCAAAUCAAUGGGUAAGGGAGAAUUAUCACAUCCAACUGGUAUCCAUGUGGAUGAGGCAUCAAAUGUUGUGUAUGUAGGAGAUUGGAAUAUUGGCUGUGUGUUCAUGUUUGACAUUGAUAGUGGUCAUGUGAUUAAGAAGAUCACAGGGUCACGGGGAAAUCAAAGACGUCAAUUGGAAGGAGUCAUAGACGUUACUCUUACAAAUCAAGGGGACCUCCUUGUAUUAGAGUAUGGCAAUAGCAGAUUACAUUUAUAUGAUAAUGCGGGAAGGUUCAAGAGAGUCCUUGUUGAAGCAGGCAAUGAAAAUGGUAAAUUGAGGAAUCCAUGUGGAGUAGUAUUUGACAAUUGGACAAUUAUUAUAUCAAGCAAACACAAAGUACAGCUUUUCAGAGGAGAUGGAGAUUUCAUUAAAAGAAUUGAUAAAAAAGAGGAUGGAAUAAAUAAUCCACUUGGAUUAUCCAUCAUUUCACAUCAUCCACAAAGAUUUGCAGUAGUGAAUCCAAGUGAUGAAAAUAUAAAAAUGUUCAAUUACACUGACAACUUGUCACAAGAACUUGUUCUUUUUAAAAUAUAACUAUGAUUUCAUAAAUAUAAUUAUGAAGUUGUUUUUUUUUCUACAUAAUGUAGAAGUUGUUUAUACUGCUCUGUAUCAUCAUCAUUAGUGUU